AUGAAGCGUCGGCUACAAAAACUAGAAGAGGCGCAGACACACCAACCGGAACCUUCGGCCCACACGGAAGCAAUGGAGGGUCAAGAUCAACUAUCAUUAGAAAUAAAUUUUGGGGACGACGAUUUAGAGAAGUCAAAUCAUAAUUUUGAUGCCACUUCAGACAGUGAUGGUGUAAUUGCAACGAAUGAUCUCCCACCUCUUUCGGUUCACUCAGAUGAUGACGAUAAUGAAGGGCAAGAUUAUCAAGGGGUUUCCACGCAGGCACACAAUGCUGUCACCGAUGAUAUCCCGGAACCUGACGAAAAUGAUGAUGGUCAGGAAUGGCUUCCUUCGUGUCUCGAGGAUGGUGAUGAUAUGAAGACCACGAAGGAAAUGUUCCAUGAUCUUGAGGAAGCGUUUUCAGGCACGAAUCCCCUACUUUUAAGUGCUCAUGUAAACAAGGAUCUUUGCCGCCGUCUGACAACUUUAUACGACAAAGGCCUAACUUCAGGUUAG